GACACAGCGGAGUGCGGAGUCGCCCGUAAGCUCUAGGGCCCGUGCAGGCCACACCAUGAACACGUCCCCAGGCACGGUGGGCAGUGACCCGGUCAUCCUGGCCACUGCAGGCUACGACCACACCGUGCGCUUCUGGCAGGCCCACAGCGGCAUCUGCACCCGGACUGUGCAGCACCAGGACUCCGUGAAUGCCUUGGAGAUCACACCAGACCGCAGUAUGAUUGCUGCUGCAGGUUACCAGCACAUCCGCAUGUAUGAUCUCAACUCCAAUAACCCCAACCCCAUCAUCAGCUAUGAUGGUGUCAACAAGAACAUCGCGUCUGUGGGCUUCCACGAAGACGGCCGCUGGAUGUACACGGGCGGCGAGGACUGCACAGCCAGGAUCUGGGACCUCAGGUCCCGGAACCUGCAGUGCCAGCGGAUCUUCCAGGUGAACGCACCCAUUAACUGCGUGUGCCUGCACCCCAACCAGGCAGAGCUCAUCGUGGGUGACCAGAGCGGGGCUAUCCACAUCUGGGACUUGAAAACAGACCACAACGAGCAGCUGAUCCCCGAGCCCGAGGUCUCCAUCACGUCUGCCCACAUUGACCCCGACGCCAGCUACAUGGCAGCUGUCAAUAGCGCUGGAAACUGCUAUGUCUGGAAUCUGACGGGGGGCAUUGGUGACGAGGUAACCCAGCUCAUCCCCAAGACCAAGAUCCCCGCCCACACGCGCUAUGCCCUGCAGUGCCGCUUCAGCCCCGACUCCACGCUCCUCGCCACCUGUUCGGCUGAUCAGACGUGCAAGAUCUGGAGGACGUCCAACUUCUCCCUGAUGACGGAGCUGAGCAUCAAGAGCGGCAACCCCGGGGAGUCCUCCCGUGGUUGGAUGUGGGGCUGUGCUUUCUCGGGGGACUCCCAGUACAUCGUCACUGCUUCCUCGGACAACCUGGCCCGGCUCUGGUGUGUGGAGACUGGAGAGAUCAAGAGAGAGUAUGGUGGCCACCAGAAGGCUGUCGUCUGCCUGGCGUUCAACGACAGUGUGCUGGGCUAGCCUGUGACCCCUCAGGACUGCCUGGUGUAGGUGGUGGCAGCUGGAGGGUCCCAUGCAGCACCCAGGUCAGAACAGGCCCUACUGCCGGCCUACACCAGCUGGACCUGAUGGCCCCCUGUGGCACCUUGACCUGCUGGGCCAGGCCGCCCUGGGACUCUCAGCCCCCAGCUGCUUAUCUAGAUGUGACAGCUUGACCCAAGCCAGGCUGCACACUCCUGGACUGGGCUAGCCUGCACUGCCUGGGAGUCAGCCAAGGGCCCAAAGCUGCUGAGGGGUGUGAGGCUGGUGCCCACCCCUAAGCUAGUGUGUUUCCUGUCCCCUCCCUGCCGCGUUUCAGGGCCUUAGUCCACAGAGAACACCACCAUGGCCAGGUGGAAGGGUUUAUUAGUCCCUGCCGGCAGCUGUCCUCCCUGGUGCGGGUGACCUGGCCAGCCCGCUGGAUUGGGGACAGGGACCGGGCUGGGCCAGGUCGGGGCUCAGUCUGGGAGGUAAUAAAAGCAGACUGACACACAGAUGUUGCUUGGGAAGCAGA